AUGCAAUACACAGUUUUCCUUUCCAUGGUCGCCUCUGCUCUCGCAGCUAAGAGUCUUGGUGUUGUCUCUCUUCGCUCAGGCUCCAAAUACCAGUUUGCUGGACUUUUCGAGGAUGACAACUCGAUUCUCGUUUCUGGUGGUGGAACAGAAGCAAAACUUGUUUUGAACGACGACGGCACUUUAGGUGAAACUUCUUCCAACAAGUAUUUGACUGUUGGCGACAAAGGCGCCAUUGUCUUGUCUUCUAAGCCACAAAAGGGAUUUUCCGUUGACGGCCAGUACUUGGAAUACGACGGCAAACAGGAGUUUGCUGUGUGCCCAGACAACAAGCUUUCCUUUGGCGAGGACAUUUGCUCUGGCAGUCUUGGCAUCAGUUUGAGAGUCAUGUCUCAGAAGGAUGCACCAGAAUUCAAGCCUGGCGACUCAGAAACUCCAAGCACCACUACUUCUUCGACUAAGGCCGCAGCCACUACUACAACCAAGACCGAGCCAACCAAGCCUGCUGAGCCUAAAGCUCCAUCUGCCCAAACAGCUGCCAAUGUUGAGCCUGGUAAGAAGUUCGGCAUCAUUGCCAUUGCAUCCGGUUCUCAAGUCCAGAACGCCGCCAUCAAGCAAGUGGACUCUCAUCCUCACGUCUUCUCCGUUGGUGGUAACGAAGGCAACGACUUGACCUUGUCUUUCCAGGACGACAAGACUUCUUUGGUCGACUCCAACGGUAGAGGUGUGAACUUGGACUCCAACACUGGUGAAGUCGGAAGUGUUGCUCCAUUUGGCCGUGCUCCAGCCACUACUGGUUUCUCCAUCGCCGACGGUGAGUUGACUUUUGACAACUCCAAAGACUUCUAUGCAUGCCCAUCUGGUAACGGCUACUCUUUGUCCCACAAGGAGUGUGUCGGUGGUACUGGCAUUGGCUUGAAGGUUAUCUACGCUUAA